ACCACCGCAUGGUUGGAUGGUCUCGCCAUUAUGCACGCCUAUUUGUCCCUCAUUCGUAGAAAUACCUCAGAUAGUUUCAUGUUUCGGGACUAACUAUUUCUCGGAACGACUAGUUUUUCAGUUAACCAAUGCUCUAGAGCAGUUCAGCCUAACCACCAGUGAUAGAAAAACUAUUUUCGUGAUGUCAAGUGUAGCUAGAGGACGAAGAUCAUCAGGAAAACUCAAGACGAUGGGCAGAGAAGACGAAUUCUUAAGUAGAAUAACGAAAUCUUUGUAUUACUCUAAGCUACCGAAGACUGACAGGCUGAGUUUACCAGUAACAGAAUUCGCAGCUGAAUUAUUUUCCGAAGUGAAAAAUGGUUGCACUCUAGAACGAUUGGACGCCGAAGAAGCCAGUAGAAUCUCCAGAAAUGCUUGCGUAUCUCCCUGCUCCUUUGUUCUGGCUCUUCUGUAUUUGGAACGUUUAAAAGAUUGUAAUCCUGAAUACCUAUACACAGUCGCACCGUCUGAGCUUUUCCUCGUGUCUCUGAUGAUUGCUAGUAAAUUUCUGAAUGACAAUGGCGAAGAGGAUGAAGUAUUCAACAGUGAAUGGGCACAGUCUGGGGAGUUAACUACGCCACAGAUAAAUAAACUGGAAAAAGACUUCUUGAAUGCAAUUAAUUGGGAAAUAUUCAUUCACAAUGACCAAUUCUGGGAUCGCCUGAGAAAAUUGGAGAAGGACCUAGCUUAUAAGGAAGGGAUGAAACGAGGUUGGUUCUCGUACCAAGAGCUGUCGUGUCUCAUUGAGAAUAUAAGAAUAACAGCAAUUGUCCAGGCACUCAUCAGCAUCUCCUCGGUAUGCCUUGCAGCCUAUACAGCCGGUGUUGUCACUCUCCUAGGGUCCGCCCUUAUCGCGAGCCACAUCCCCGGGACCUGUCUGGCCCCCAGGACGUCCUCUCCGUCUCUCAACGCGACAAAGAUAUUAGGCACCGCCGCCCCAACUCUUCCAAAGGUUCACGACAAUUUUAACGAGUUAGAUCGUUUCUCUGAGGAUGUGAUGAACCAGGAAGGCUUAAGACAUAACUUCAUCAUUCUUGGACAUUAUUAUGAGCAUUCUGAGGCCCAGAACGAAACCUGGCACGGGUGGCUGGCCUCGUUGGCCAAUUGGAUGCCAGAAUAUUCAGAAAAAAACAAGAAUCAACUGAAAAAAAUGGCGAUUCCCUUGCACAAUCCAGUAGGGUCUUUCGUUACAAAUUCUCAGGCGCUGAUGGGCGAUCACAAGUCAUGGAAUGACUUUGUAACCGAAAUUAAUUGGAAGGAAACACUCAAGGAGAGCCUCGAGGGCCCCAGUUCGUGGCAGUAUUACGUGGAGUUGGUGUCGAAAAUUUCGAUCGGAGGGUGAUCUCAUGGGAUGAGAAAAUCGUAGCUCAGAGAAGUGUACGUGUAUUUUUUAUCCUGAAAGUGUAUAAAAUAUAUUUUUUGUACUAAUACAUUGAGAAGAGGAGAUAUGAAAAGUAACUAACAACUAGCUUUCUUUGUUAUUUAUAUUGGAAAUGAAUAUUUUAGGACUCGGAUUAUUUAACAGCAAUAAAGUUUCAAUUGGGAAA